AUGGGGUGCACGUCGAGCAUGGAAGUCGACCCAGUUCUGGCUGCUCCUGGAACGAUGAUCUCCAAGAAAGCCCUGCCCUUGCCACAGGCCACUCAAGCGCCGGACUUUGGAACGCACAAGCUCUAUGUCAAGACACUGAAUCAAUACCUGCAGGACGUUGAGAGUCACCCGCGGGAGUUUGAGACGGUGGUAGCGGUACGACGUGCAGCAAUCAACCAUUUCUCCAAGACUCUAAUGUGA